AUAUUGGCAAUGCACAUAUCAUUGUUCCAUUUUCCCACACUCUCUAUUGGUCAUCCACAUCCACACCUUAUGUGCUGCCCAAAUUCUGGUUCAUCGCAAACAACUAUCAAGUGUUAAUAAUAGUUCAGAUAAAAGCAAAGGCCAAACAAGGUGAAAGGUGAGGAGAGCUCAUACAUAAAAGGCCAGUUUCUGCUCAGGGCAGAUUGUGGCGGCAGACAGGUGCUCCUGCAGGAUGCAAACCUUAGUCCAUUUGUGCGCUCUUCUCUUGCUUGUCAUCUCUGUCCAUGCAGAUGUUGUUGAACGUUUUGAGGAUGUUCCAGAAUGUAUGAAGUACUUCUACAAAGAGAAGGUACCAGAGUGGGGGACUUCUACACCCGGUGCUGCCCGUCUCUGUCAGCGCUUCAUCAACAGGUACCACUUUGCAACGCUGUACGACACCAACCAUCGUAUUGCUGUCUAUUCUGCCUAUCAUUUCCAACCCAGCAAUGGAGGUGGCAGAGAGAAAAGGUGGUUUGUAGAGCCUCAGGUUAGUGUACUGCUGGUAAGAAUGUCUUGGCAAGCAGAGAUGAAGGAUGGGUACUGGCUGGAGAAAGACCACCCUGGGGUCUACCAAGGAGAGAAACAGGCUUUGAAUGAGGACUACACACACUCUGGCUUUGACCGUGGUCACCUCAACCCCAACGGACACCAUGCAGUCCCCAGCCGCAAUGCCACUUUCACCCUGACAAAUGUGGUUCCUCAGAACCCCAAGCUGAACCAGAACGCCUGGAGGAUCCACGAGUCUCAGCUCGCUGACCUUUUCCGGGACAAGUGCUCUAAAGCCUAUGUGCUGGUUGGUGCCAUUCCCUCUGCAGACAACUGGAUUAAGAAAAACAAUGUGAAACGUGUCAACAUCCCAGACUAUUUGUGGAAUGCCUACUGCUGUGUGGACAACAAUGGCAGACCCAUUCAGAGUGGUGCUGCCGCAGCGAAGAACACAGAGGACAACUGGGUGGAGAAGUUCUCUCUGGAUGAACUGGGAGAAUUCCUCCAGCAGUUCUCCACAGAGACAGUAGGGGAGCUGUUUUACAACAACUGCAGGGCAUAAAGGAUGACAAAGGGACAAUGAAUCCAGUGUUGAUUCCAAUCCCCCUUUAAUGUCAUUACAUUACAUUUUGUAUAACUACUUUUUUUAAUGAUUCAAGUGUGGUAAUACAAUAAAAAAUUAUUGAUUUUCAUUACAUUAGAUUAGACUCAUUUAGCUUAACACUUGUCCAAAGCGACUUACAAUAAGUACAUGCAGCCGUGAAGAUCCCAACCAUAAAUUGCAAUAGUCAAGCAAGUUCAUAAAAAUCAUGAAAUAAGCAAAGCUUCCCCAAAUGCUUCAUUUGAAAAACACUGUCCACAUGGUGUACUGUGUAAUACAAUUCAACAGCUUUGAUGAAUCCCUUAUUAUUAUUAUUAUUCAACCAUAACAAUGAAAAUAAAGUAACAGUUAUGGUUGAGUCGUUUUCAUUGACAGUAAAGACAAUUAUCAACAUAUAAAAAUGGAAAAAAGUAAAUGU